UCUCCCUCCCUCCCAGCAAGCCUAGACUGUUUACUCUUUCUGGGGGUUAACAUUUAACAUUUACACCGGAGCACCAUAGCUGACUGCAGCAUCAGAAAUAUUAGACAGCAACUUCCCAAGUUACUUGGCACUUUGGCUGGCAAACCUUUGAAGUGAAUUUAAUUGUAUUAUGGGACCUCGGACAGCUGUCACUCCAUCCAAGGAAAGAAAGAUGGUGUCUGGGGCGCAUGAUAACAUUCUUAGUAGUGGCAACAGUGGGUAUUAUAACAGAGGCCCCACGCUUACCCCUACCUCACCUGUGCUGUCAAACCCCAAAUCAGUGCUGAAGAGACAAGUGAGUCCAGAGGAGCUGCAGAGACCAGGAGGCCCAUAUAUAAAGAGGACAUUUACAAUUGUGGGUGAUGCGGUGGGCUGGGGAUUUGUGGUCAGGGGGAGUAGGCCAUGUCACAUCCAGGCAGUGGACCCCAGUGGGCCUGCAGCAGCAGUAGGAGUGAAGGUGCGCCAGUUUGUGGUCUCUGUCCAUGGUCUGAACGUCCUGUCUCUGGACUACAAGAUGGUCAGAAACCUCAUCCUCACUGGAAAACGAACCGUGGUCAUGGAGAUUAUGGAGGAGUCUGAUUGUUGAGGAUGAGGUUGUAUUGUAUUCGGUUACAGUCAACUUAAGGUCUCAGUCACCCAUUGGCUCUUGGAGGCGGAAAGCGUAGAGUAAGAAUGUGGACUGUAUUGGCCCAAAUAAAUCCAUAGAAACCUUAUGACCUUGAUAUGGAGCCAUAUGGACUUAGCUACAUCAUCGACCUGAGACGAGGGUCACAGAAACAGCGACCCCACAGAAACCUGAUGGGCCCCACUGUGAAGACGUGUGUUUACAUCAUCAGUCCAAGACUGACCAGUGUUCCGUGGUUAACAUGGUUCCAGCUUGUGCUUUUGUUCUCUUGAGGCGGUUUAGACUUUUGACCUGUUCGCCUACUCAUUGCCAUCCCCCUGCUGUUUGCUUUUCCAUCCACUCCCUCCUAUGCUCCAAUAGAGGGUUCCUUCCUAGAAAGUAGUAUUUAGGUAGUUGUUGAUAAGUGAGGUGGCACAUAUUGUAAACAACUCCAUACUUUCUGACAUGGCAGAGGUGUUUUUAAAUAUAAGUUGUUUUGUUGAAUUAGCUUGGCAUUUUGCUUUGAAUAUGUUUGGCAUUGAAUUCUUAAGUUUGGUAACAGGAGCAAUUGAAACAUUCUACUUAUAUUGGCCUGGAAAUGGCACAAUACUGUCAAACUGCAGACCACAUACUGCCUAGCUGCAUAAAAAGGCUUGAAUGUCAUCUCGGGUUCUCAAAUCAAAUUAAAACAAAUCUGAUUCCAUUGCAAUGUUUUUGGAAACCCACAAUACUGACAAAAGUUCAAAUAAUCAGUCAGUAGUAGCCUAUCAAUAUGUUAAUCCUUUUUUAUUUUUUAAACAACAAAUGAAUGUAUUAUGUCAAAGUGAAAUAGAUAGGUUAUAGCAGUGAUAUUGUGCAUUUUGUAGAAUACUUCAAGUGUAAUGCAUGAUCACAUGGUCCAACAUAAGGUAUGAAGGACCAAAAGCACUAAAGGAUGUGUACUUGUAUAUAGCCAUACACUGUAACCUGACCCUAUACAUUUGCUAUGAUCAACUGAUCUUUAGAGGGUAUUAGUGCAGGCAGGCCAGCAAGGAGUAUCUACAUUUGUGUUAGUGUUUGAUCAGUGUGUAAAUAUUUCAAUUAGCCAAUGAAUUAAUAAAAUAAAGUAAUUCAAUUCAAAAUAUAAGCAAAUGUGUAUUUCAAUGUAUCAAUGUUUAUGAUAUGAAUCUUUUAAAAAAAGAAGGAAUCACAUCAAAUGAAGCAAAUUAUUUUAGCAACAUCAAGAUUAUGGCUAGAAUUUUUACUCUGCUUCAAUCUAAUGGCAAUAAAGUAACAGCAUGUAUUGAACCAUGACAGGUACUUUAAACUGCAAUAAAAU